AGAAGUAGGGGGUAUUAUUAAUAAAAUGUAUAAAUUGGUCGUGUUUACGCAGUGAUUCACCCACGCGUCGUACUUACGCAGCCUACUAAAGAAGUCAGUGGUUGAGGAGGGGCAAACGAAUUGAAUAUGAGUGCAAAGCACUUAGAGCAGAUAAAAAGCCGGUUUGUCUGUGAGGGUUGGGUGUUUCAAUCGCUUCUGCGCUAUAGCAGGAAUGUCUCACGUCUCCUCCAGAUACAGGACCAUGGAAAGCCCCAAGCUUUGGACCAAAGCCGUCGUUUGCGCCGCGCUGCUCUUCGGAGUCACCAGGGCUGAAACUAAGGAUUCGGAUAAGGAGCUGGACUUGGACGAGAGAGCUUUAACAGAUUUCUACCCCAAAGACCCAAAUCUGACCACCGAAAAGCAGCUUCUUGGGGCUCUUCAAGAAGUCUUGGAAAAGCUACAGACUAAACGAAUUCCAUCAUGGGAAAAGAAAUUCGGUCAAGUUCCUACGUGCGACGUGGGGAGGCGGUGCGCGGUGAGAAAAGGAUCCAGGAUCGGCAAAAUGUGCGACUGUCCGCGCGGGGCAUUUUGCAACUUCUUCCUGCUGAAAUGUUUAUAAUACCGAGUCUGCUGUGAAAUUUAUUUGAGUUUGGGGUCGAAGGCAAAACCCACUAAAUAAUAAUAAUAACGAUAACAAUAAUACUAAAUAUUGUACAUAUUAUUUGCAUAUUUUAUAGAAUUACUAAAGUUAAUAUAAAAAAAUCACGGCUGCUGUUACUGAUUUACUUUAAAUAGGCAUAUUCGUCGUGUGCACAGUAUUGUAUUUUGUAUUUGAAAGUGAGCAUAAAGAAUAUUAAAACAUGUGGUCCUGUUUUCUAGA